GCACUGAGUCACCGGCAGAGUUUGUUUACGCCGCUUUCGUAUGCGCUUUUGCAACCCGCAGCAUUGAUUAGUCAAAUUUAAAAUUUUCUUCCUUCGACUUCCAAGCGGAAAGUGUUAUUCGGUGUGGAUUCCAGAGGUUAGCGACUAGCUGGUAAAUGCUCUACCUGAACACGAGAUGAAAGUAAGUGACUUAACUGAACAAGAGGUCUCGAGCAUCAUCGGAGGCUUUCGAUAUUUUGAUCAAAAGAAUACCGGAUUUAUUGCAAGAAGCCAAUUUGGAACUGCACUACGAUGGCUAAAAUUGAUCCCUUCAGAAGCACAAAUCGAAGCAUUGUUAAAAGUUGUGGAUCCGAACAAUAGCGGGAAGGUCUCUAUGGAAAUGUUUUUGGCCGCCGCAGCAGAAUUGUGGUAUGGUUCUCAACUAAAACUAGAGACUGAGGCUUGGAAUGCCUUUUUAAUGUUUGACCUAGCACUCACCGGCUCUCUGCAUAAAGAUGUACUCAUGGACAUUCUUACUCAAAGAGGAUCAGAACCGAUUCCUGUGAAGGAAGCUGAACAACUACUAAAGAGAUUCGUAGAUUCAAGACAACGAGUGGAAUACAGCAUGCUUAUUAAGGAAUUGUUGCGAUGAGGCGAGUAUAAGAUGCAAGUGUACAGAACUGCUGAGGUGUGUAUAUCCACUUUGGUGGAUGAAGAGUGGAGAAGCAAGACAAACUUGCAAAUACCGGGUGUAUGUAAAGAUAACACAUACACCAUUAAAGCGUUUGCAGAAUAAAUUUUGACUGUUCUCA